AUGACUUCUUUGAAUGAAGAUGAGAUUUAUGCAAUAUUAUCCAGAGUUGGAGACGAGGAAGAAGCGGUUCCACUAAAUGAUUUGGACAGUGAAGUUGAGGAUAUUUUAGAGACAGACAGUGAGCAACCUACAGAUGCUUCAAGCGAUUCUAAUGAUGAACCUCUUCGAGCAUCAAAUAUUAGUCGCCGACGUCGAAUAAAUUCGUCUGACUUAUCCGAUAGAGCCCGACUUACGGAACAGAUAAGCUCAGGCGAACGAAAACAGGCAGCUCAAAUAAUUUUUCCAUCAAAUAAUAAUUUGAGAGGUAAGAAUGGUCAUAAAUGGUCAGCACAAUCUUCCGAAGCUCGUACCAGCAGAACACAGUCAAGAAACGUUGUUCACAUUAUUCAAGGGCCCAAGAAUGAAGCAAAAACUGCUAUAACUCCAUUGGAACAAUUCAAAUUGUUUGUUUCGGAUUCGAUGGUGAGUAUCAUUGUAUUGAACACAAACGUAGAAAUUUCUACUAAAAGAGAAAAAUACGCCGCAAAAACAGCAACCGUUAGUGAUACUUGUGCUAAAGAAAUAUAUGCCUUGAUAGGAUUGCUGUUGUUAGCCGCAAGGAAGAAAGAUAACCAUCUGACCACCGCAGAGCUGUUCGAUCCAGCUGAAAGUGGGAUAAAAUAUAUUUCAGACAUGUCAAAAGAUAGGUUCGCUUUUUUGCUGAAUUGUUAA